UUACAAAUUAGUGGUAAUUCACUGAACUUGUACUCUGAUUACUGAUUUCAACAAAUUAGUUACAAGGAAAUCAAUGGGAAGACAGAAUCAGACUACAAAUGGGACAUGUCAAGGUAAACAACACUUUAGCCAUCCCCACAUCUUGAAACUAAUUGUGAAUAAUCCAGCUGAAACACUCACUUGCAACGCUUGUGAGCAACCAAACAUUACUAAUAAGCCUAAUUUCUAUGGCUGCAAUAGUUGUCAAUAUUUCCUCCACGAAAACUGCCUCAACGCUCCUCGUUUUCUCAAUCAUUCUUCUCAUCCUUUUCACCACUUGACCCUUCUCCCAGUUCCUGCUUACUCAAGUGGUUCCUAUACUUGCAACGCUUGUGGCUCUGCUGGAAACGGAUUUUGCUUUAACUGUGCUUGUUGUGAAUUUGAUAUCCACUUGCAGUGCGCAUCUUGUCCAAGCUCGAUACUUGUUGACAAACACCCACAUCAAUUGGGGCUCCACUUCGGUUCUCCUUACGAAGAUAAGAGUAUCAUAUACAAUUGUGAUAUGUGCAAUGUGAUAAUGAACAAGAACGAUUGGCUGUACUAUUGCGUUGGUUGUGAUUUCGGGUCACACUUGCACUGUGCAAUAAUUAUUCCUGAAGUUGGUGUUUUCCCCAAACAACAGUGUCCAAUUCCAAAUCCAAGUCCAAAUCCAAAUCCAAAUCGAAAUACAAAUGCAACAUUGGAAAUGAUAAAUGCAGCAAAUGAAGCUCAUGAACAGAUUAUUGCAGCUCAAAUUCGUUAUCAGAUUGAGGCACGAGGAAGAGAGGCCGCGCUGGAUUUAAUCUGACCAUCAGGAUCAAGAAGAUACAGUUAUAUCUAACUGUAUUCAUGAUCAUCAAAAUGCAUCUGCUUUGAGACGUUCAGUUUUUAUUGCAAAAUAAAUGUUUUUUUGUUACUAUGUUAUUUCUCUUUCAAGUACCCUCUUUCAACUUUCUAUUUGUGAUCUUGAUGAUCAAGUUUCUCUAUGGUUCCUAUGUUUCGAGUCCAACUGUUUGAUUUUCGCAUUUUUUGUGUUUUUCAUUGGAUCGAAAAUCAGUGUCUUUGUCAGA